AUGCGGAUCAUGCACAAGUUGUUUGGGGAGCAGGAUAUCUUCGCCUACAUUGUCAGAUAUCUCAACCCACAGUCUCAGGUCGCCUGUCUUCAAGUCUCUCGCCAUUUCCACGAAGUAAUCGCCCCCGAGAUUUAUACUUCCGUCACUCUUGGCCCAAUGCAAGACUAUCGACCCAGUUUGGAAACAUGGAGACGAUACAGCUCCCUGGUGACGGCCCUUUCCUUUGACGGGUUCAUCUCUGCAGAGUAUUUGGGGGCAGGAUUCAGGAACCUCAAGUCUCUUUCGCUCAUUAACGACGAGGACUCGUACCACUUUCAGCAGGGCACAGACAAUGAGAUCAUGGAGGCGCUGCUAAAAGUCAUCAAGGAGAACCCGAGGCUGUGUCAAUGGUUGUUUGAGAGUCCAUACCCAGCGUUGUCGGCUAAGGUCUGGGAGGCGAUCGAGGGUACCGCUCACAAGUCGCCAGAGGCGAGCAAGGUCGAGUCGCAUAAUCCUCAAGACUCCACUGCGACCCAUACCGAAUAUUCCUCAACAUCGGUGGUCAUUGCUCCUCAGGGCGGGUCGGACAUUCACCGAGUAUCGUUCAGGACUGUCAAGGAACGAGUCCUUCAUGGCCGACUCAGGUCGGGAAUCGAGUUGCUGCAGGUCACACCGGCUUCGAUCAGUCAGGAAGCUCUACCCUGGGCCACAAGUGCAUGCGAGAAGGCUGAGGCGUUGUUGAUGAUACCUGCCAAGUUGGAGUCAUUUGGUGCCCCCAAGGAGCUUCCCGAUCGAGUCCUACCGCGACUCUACGCACCCAUCGCCCACUAUGUCGGAUUGCACAAUGUCCGCCAAUGCUCAUCGAUGGAGCAGCUCGAGUUUCUGUCCCACUUCAACCAGGCCCGAGGGAUCUACUGGAACAUUUACAAGAGGCCUUAUGUCGCCAAAUGGAAACGAGUCCCGCCCACCAUCAAAGACUGGAAGCAAUGGAUCCGACCGGACACGACGUGGCCACACCUCCGAUCAUUAGUUCUUUGCUGCUACAGACUCGUGGAUGCAGAGCUAGACAACCAAUUUCUGGUUUUCCCAGACGACUGUGUUGCUCAUGCUCUGAAGUGUAUCCCGAGGGGCCAAUUGGAGCAGUUUUGGUGGCAUGGGGCGCAGAUGGGUCCGCUGGGGAUCGAAGCAUUGGCUGGUCACUUUUCGACAUUGCGGGAGGUCAAGCUGGAACUCACGUCGUCAUUGGAGCAGAGUGCGUAUAUUCAAAGGAUCAUGGAGUCGUGUAUGCAUCUGCAGGUACUGCGGGCUGGCUACCUUUCGGUCGGAGACAUGCGGCGUGGUCGACCCUGGGCGUGUAUGGGACUCAAAUCCCUCUCCCUUCGUUUCAACAUGCAGGAAGACAGGAUCGAAAACAUUAGCAACAACAACACCACCAUCGCUCGGCCUGCGACCGCGGAACGAGAGAGGGGAGACUAUAAGAAGAGCCAGCGCUAUGUCUUUUCUCGACUCUCGGAACUGGUUCUGCUGGAGGAAUUGACCUCGAUCCCACUGCAGGCUGCUGGUCCGAAUUUUCACGAGACAUGGCACUUGGAUUUCCAGUUGCGGUACGGUCUGGAUGCCCUUUCGACCUUACAACUACUCAAGCGAUUGGUUGUCUCGUUCACAAAGCAGCAGAUGAAUGCUAAGGAUAUUAACUGGAUGGUACGCGAGUGGAAAAGUCUGCAGUCGAUAGAAGGAAGCCUGAAUCCGGAAUGGCGACAGGAAGUCACGCUGGAGACCAUUUUGUCGCCGUCACCCGCUCAAACUCAGCUCCCCAAGAUGCUCAACAUCAACAAGGUCUCGAUCGACACCUCCAGUUCGUCCUCAGGAACCAAAGUGGAUGGCGUGAACAUCUUAUUCGAUCCCGCAUUCUCGGACAGAUGCAACUUACAGGACCCAAACGACCUCCCUAUAUGCUGGACCGAUUUUCCCCGCGUCGACAUUGUCGUCAUCAGCCACAACCAUUACGGCCAUCUCGACUUGACCACCAUCCAAAAGUUUCAAAAGGAUUACAAGUCGUUCUUCUACGUACAGUUUGGAAACAAGGUCUGCUUCCAUUCUCCUGGCAUCAAGGAUAAAGUCGCUGAGUGCGACUGGUAUGUCCGCUCAUUUCAAUUGAGCGGGGAAAAUGUAUCUCAUAGAUAUGAACAGAGUGGAAUGUAG